AUGACAUUGCGUAGGUUCGUUUCACGACGCGGCCGGCCAGCGGAGCUAAGAACAAAGUGGAAAACGACUAAAGACAAACUAAAGGUUGGAGACCUAGUCAUUAUCAAAGAAGAUUCGCUUCCACCUUUAUGCUGGCGUCUGGGACGUGUAGCAAGACUUUUUCCGGGUUCAGAUGGCAUUUCGAGAGUAGCAGAUAUCAGUACAACAAGAGGAUGCAUUCGCCGACCUUUCGUGCGCCUAUGUCCCCUUCCAAACCAAGAAGACCUUCAAGAUUUGUUAAACAAAAAAAAACAGCGUCAAAGGUCAAAAAAUCUAGCAGAACAUAUAAAUAAUUUGUUCAAGGUAUUCGAAAGGUUGAAGAAAAACGAACUCAAGGUUAAGAAGGGGAAGUGCGAGUUUUUUGCGGAGUCUAUUAAUUAUUUAGGACACGUGAUAAGUAGAGACGCCGUACACACUUGUCCCAAUAAAAUUAAAGCUAUCAUAGACACACCAGCUCCGUCAAAUAUUCAUGAAUUAAGAUCGUUUAUAGGGAUGGUUAUGUAUUAG